ACAUUUUAUAAACCGGAUUGCACUGAGCGGAGGGGGAAAAAAAGGAAAAAAAAAGAUACAAAAUAUACAAGCAAAAGGCAACAACUCCCCGGUCUCCAGCAGUUGCCCACCCUCCCUUCCCUUCUCUCCUGCUGGCCAUCUGCCUUGGGUUUUCCUUUGUGUCUGAUCUUUUACUACUGAGCCGAGCGCAGGAGGAGGGUGCAGCGCUCGCAGGGACUAUGCCCAGCUCGCUUUUCGCAGACAUGGAGAGGAACGGGAGCGGCGGCGGCGGCGGUGGCGGUGGUGGCGGGGGAGAGACCCUGGAUGACCAAAGAGCCCUCCAGAUCGCCCUGGAUCAGCUCUCCCUGCUGGGGCUGGACAACGACGAGACGGGCUCCAUUUACGACAGCGAGCCUCGGAAAAAGAGCGUGAACAUGACCGAGUGCGUUCCGGUGCCCAGCUCGGAGCAUGUCGCGGAGAUAGUGGGGAGACAAGGUUGUAAAAUCAAAGCUCUGCGGGCAAAGACCAACACCUACAUCAAGACCCCAGUUCGCGGGGAGGAGCCGCUCUUUGUUGUGACGGGCAGAAAGGAAGAUGUGGCCAUGGCCCGCAGGGAGAUCAUCUCAGCGGCCGAGCACUUCUCCAUGAUCAGAGCAUCACGGAACAAGAACACAGCCCUGAAUGGCACCGUCCCCGGCCCCCCAAACCUGCCCGGCCAAACCACCAUCCAGGUGCGGGUGCCUUAUCGCGUGGUGGGCUUGGUUGUGGGGCCCAAGGGGGCCACCAUCAAGCGCAUCCAGCAGCAGACGCACACCUACAUUGUGACCCCGAGCCGGGACAAGGAGCCAGUCUUUGAGGUGACGGGCAUGCCCGAGAAUGUGGACCGGGCCCGGGAGGAGAUCGAGGCGCACAUCGCUAUGCGCACAGGCGGCAUCAUCGAGCUGACGGACGAGAACGACUUCCACGCCAACGGCACGGAUGUGGGCUUCGAGCUAAACGGCACGGGCAGCCUCUGGAGCAAGCCCACACCACCCAGCAUCACGCCCACCCCAGGCCGCAAGCCCUUCUGCAACUACCGCAACGACAGCUCCAGCUCGCUGGGCAGCGCCUCCACCGACUCCUACUUCGGCGGCGGCACGGGGGGGGGCGGCGGCGCCCGCCUGGCCGAUUACAGCCCCCCGAGCCCGGCGCUGAGCUUCACCCACAACGGUAACAACAACAACAACAGCGGCAGUGCCAACGGCUACGUGUACGGCGGCGGCGGCGGCGACGUGCUCUCCUCCCCGGACUGCUGCUCCGAGCUGCCGUUCGACUCACCGCCCGGCUUCGACCUGGCGCCCGCCCCUCCGCCGGGGGCCGCGCUCCUCUGGCCGCAGUUCGAGCGCGGCCCCGCCGCGCCCCCCUCGCCCGCGCCCUCACCCGCCACCGCCUUCCCGGGCGCCGCGCCCGCCAAUGCCAACCUGGCGCUGCUGGUGAGCGGCCCCCGGCGCGGCGGCGGAGCCCCGCCCCCGGCGCGGCUCUCCCCGCCCCUGCACGGCGGCGCGGCGGGGCCCGAGCACCCGCUUGCGCGGCGGGUGCGCAGCGACCCCGGCGGGCGGCUGCUGGCCGGCUCCUACCCGCUGUACGGCAACGGGCUGGGAGCGCACCUGCCGGGGCUGCCCUCCGACUCGUCCGGCUCCUCCUCCUCCUCGUCCAGCUCCUCGUCCAGCUCCUCCUGCUCCUCGUCCGGCGUGCGGCGGAAGGGCAGCCGCGACUGCUCGGUGUGCUUCGAGAGCGAGGUGAUCGCGGCGCUGGUGCCCUGCGGCCACAACCUCUUCUGCAUGGAGUGCGCCAACCGCAUCUGCGAGAAGACGGAGCCGCAGUGCCCCGUCUGCCACAGCGCCGUCACCCAGGCCAUCCGCAUCUUCUCCUGAGGGCCGGGAAGAGCAGGGCAGGGCCGGGCUGACCCGGUCGCACCGGGGCCCGCGAAGGGGGUGCGGGCUGCGAGCGAGGCGCGGCCGAGGGAGGGCGGGGGGUGGUGGUGGUGACAGCGGGUGCAUGCUAUAAAUAAUAACGGGCGACUCCAUUCUAGUGCUAGGCUAGUUUUUACACUGUACUUUAAUACGAAGCUUCCAAAACUCCCCCUUUUUUAUAAACAAACAAAAGAAAAAAACAUAGAAAAAAAAUACUGAAAGUAGAAGAUGCUUAUGAUGAUGACAAUGGUGUGUGGACUGUUAGUAAACCGUGCUGGUAGUUCCUAGGAUGCUUAUUAUGAAAUAAUUAAAUCUAUGGGUGGAUACUUUUCUGAAUGUUCUUGAAAGGGCAAGAAGUUCCUGUGAAAAAACCAUGAUACUGCAGCUUUAUCAAAGUUUAAAAAAGAAAAAAAAAAAGAAACCCACAAA